UCAUAACUGUCCUUCAAGAUCUAACAAGAUGGUCCUCAGCUUUCAACUGAUCUCCAUGAUUCUUCUUCUAGUGGCCGUUGGUGUAGUAGUAGAGAGCAGGUAUCUCCAGGUUUCAGGUGGUAAUGCAGGUCUAGUACCACAGAAACGUCCAUUUUGUAACGCUUUCACUGGCUGUGGAAUGAAAAGAUCGUUAGAUUUUCCUUUGGCUAUCCAGACUGAGACCAUGUUGGACCGUCUCAGUAGAAAGGUCCUGGCUGAAGCUCGGCUUUGGGAAAUGUUACAACAGAGAAUGGUAGACAACAUUGGACUAUAUAAUGAUGCAGAACCUUAAAGGAGGCAAAUAAAGAAGAUAUCGAUACUCAACCGAAAUACAGACAAAGGUCUCCUUAAAUUACUCUAUUUGUAAAAAGAAGAAAUCUCUUACUUGUCACAAUGCUCCAAUACAUUUUUCAGCAGAUAAAAUGUUUAACCGAAUAAAUAGAGUUGUUUAAACAUUUGUUUAACAACAAGUUCAAAACGUUUAACCGUUUUGGGGUGCGUUUUUUUCUCCAUUUGUGAUUACCUUGGUAUCUUUAAUUUCUGCUGAAAAUAAAUACUCAUCUUAACUGUAAUCAACCUGUUGUCUUAUAUAAGCCAAUUUAAAGUAUUUGAUAAACAGAUAAUAUAAAUUUCAACUACAACUCCUGAUAUAUAUUCCUACAUUAGAUACAAUGAAAUACACAAUAAAAAUUAUAGUCUCAAAGGACUGCUUGUUUAUGUAAUUUUUUAAUGGAAUAUUCAUGAUAAUAUAAUAAAAUGUUUGCUAGUAAUAUGUAAGUUUACCUGAGAGUGAAGUUCCGGGGAAAUUACAAUAAUUAUAGUAAUUAUAUAGUAAUUAUAGUAAUUAUAUAGUAAGUUAUAUCCUUUGACAAAUUAACCCAAAUGAAGGUUCAACUAAAUAUGGUCUAUCUAUUGCAAAUAAUUCAAAAUAUUUCAGUGGAACAGAAACUAUAAAUAGUGACUUAUCAAUCCAUA